UAUCUUCCACUGUGAGAAAUAGGGCUGGCGUGACCUCGAUGGAGGUAAUCAUUGGGCACGCCCUGGUCCAGAUGGCGCUGGCGUACAUGCAGACGGUCUUUAUGCUCAUCGUGUUCGUGAAUGUCUUCGACGCGCCGAUACGAGGCAGCUUGCUCAUGUGCUUCGUCAUCCCGGUGACCAUGGCCUUCUGCGGGAUGAAUUUCGGCUUCCUGACGUCAUCCAUAUCCAAGGACGAGGCCACGGCCCUCUUGCUCUCCCUAGCGGCCCUGUACCCCGCGCUGCUGAUGGGCGGGGUGCUGUGGCCCAUCGAAGGGACGCCCGCCCUGCUGCGCACUGUGAGCUGGGCAGUGCCGCAGGCCCUUCCGGUGCACAGCAUGCGCGGCGUUAUGCUGCGCAACUACACCGCCACCAACCCGUACGUGCUCCGGGGCCUGGUGACAAACGGCUGCUGGACGGCAGCCUUCCUCGUGCUCGCCGUCAUCAUCUUCUCACUCUCCACGUGAUCGCCGUUCCUCCACGACGACAGGGGCGAGCAUGGAGGAACACGCCACCCCUUGCGUACAUUAGAAAGCGUUAUCGCUCGCCACUUGGCGAGAUAAAUCUCAAUAUAGCUUUUGUUUUUAUGCGCCGUUCGUGUGUGUGUUUGCCAUGCAUAAAGGUAGCGUCCGACUGGAUUACGUCGAGAUACGACUUCGACCACGGGGG